GCGCGUGCGUGCGUGCGCGCGUGGCGAGGACCGAAGGGGUUAAACGCUGGCCCCGUUCGUUCCCAUUUCUGCCGCGUGGUGGAACAGAACGGAGCAGAUCCUCCCGCUGCCGCUCGUCUGCGUCGCUUCGCACACCGUCUGUGCUGUCGCUGCGUGUUCCGCGUCGAGCAGGAGGUCACUGAAGCCCGAGUCCGCAAACAGGAGCCGCACGGACGCCAGUUCCCGCCGCAACUUAGCGCCAAAACAGCUCCGGCACCAUGGGGAAAGGCUGCCUAACGGUCACCAAGUACUUCCUCUUCCUCUUCAACCUCAUCUUCUUCCUGUCUGGGGUCGUCAUCAUGGGCUUCGGACUGUGGCUGCGCUUGGACAAUCAAAGCUUCAUCGUCGUCAUCAGCAGCUCCACAGCUGUUAAGGUGGUCUGCUACACGCUGAUCGGGGUCGGGGCCUUCUCCAUGCUCAUGGGCUUCCUCGGCUGCGUGGGGGCCAUUUACGAGAUCCGCUGUCUGCUGGGCCUGUACUUCACCUGCCUCCUGCUGAUCCUCAUUGCACAGAUAACGGCUGGUGCUCUUAUUUACUUCCAAAAGGAUGUGGUGAAUGAGGAAAUGUCCAAUGUGGUCUCCAAGGUGCUGGACAACUACCCCGGCAACAACUCAACCACAGAGCAGGCCUGGGACUUCAUCCAGAGGAAGAUGGAGUGCUGUGGCUGGGAGAGCUACCAAGACUGGUUGGACAACAUGGCGAUCGUCAACAGCUCCCAGCUGCUGUUUCCCUGCUCCUGCCAGAACGUCUCCCUCGCCUCGGGAAACUUCUCCGACAGUGGAUUCUGUGAGGCUCAGACGCCCGACUGGCCCGUGUACGACAUGGGGUGCGCUGACAGCGUGGAGCAGUGGGUCCUCAGCAACAUCUGGUUCAUCCUGGGCAUCUGCCUCGGAGUGGCUGUCAUUGAGCUGCUGGGGAUGAUCCUGUCCAUCUGUAUGUGCAAGCACGUUCACCAAGAGGAUUACACCAAAGUGCCAAAGUACUAAAGCUGCAAAGUUACAUGUUUGAGACCGUAUAAUAAUCCAGAGUUUCAUCCUUUUGUAGGAUACAAACAUUGGGUCCAAAUGUAAAAUAACGUUUACUUUAUAUUUUGUUGGAUUCUCCUUUUUGAGGCACUUGCAUCGUUCACAGUCACGUUUCGUUGGAGCACUUUAGAGAAUCUUUUUUAGUUUAGAGCUUUGGAUGAGAGCGAGGCAAAGUUUGUGACACCGGAUUCGAGGAACGUGGAUGAAAGCGGCAGCGGUACAGUUUCCUCUCGCGCUCAGAUUACAGUGUUGCUGGUUUCCAUGAUGUCUGUAAACGAGGCAUCAUGGUUUUAGUUUCCCUAAAAAUCUGAAGAGAAAUUGUGUUUAAGUUUGUUUUUUUUCCCUCCCUGUUUUGUUCUAUUUUUAAAUACACCAGCAUUUUGAGUUUUUGUGAAAUAUUAGUAUUUUGUAUAUAAUUUUAGUCUUUUAUUUGUGAAUUUUAGUCCAACAUAUACUGCAAAUAUUUUCUAGCAGCUGGUCUCUUGAUUUUUAAAAAGUUGGUUUUCUUUUUUUUAUUUAGAUUUGGUUUGGUCAGAUUUUCCUCUGAAUUAAUCAGAAUUAUUAAUUACUAAAGAAAGAAAUUAAAAGUGAGCCUUUUUUUUUAAUGACAGCUUUAUAUUGAAGAUGAGCUACCAGCCUUAACACACAAGUGUUUAAUAAGUGGAAUGUUUCCUGUUUAGCACUUGGAACAUGAGUCAAAUGUUUAUGGAAUACUUUGGGGCUGAUGUUAAUAAAGAAAUUUGUUUACACAAACAAAAAUCAUUAAAGUUGUUAAUGUACAAUUUGAAUAUUCAACCAAGAUGUUCCUAUAUGUUUUUAUAAUGUAUAAAUUCAUCGUCCUUCGUCUUUGUAGUGUACAGUCUGUAUAAACCAUCCCAUUAACCUUAUGAUGCUAUGAAAGAUGAACGAGUACGUCUGUUUAGAACUGGAUGGGCCGGUUCUGUAGCCGGAUUACGAAGCGUGUAUUUACUUUCAUUUUUCCAAUAAACUCAUUACAGUAGUUUGAUUUAA